CUUCAGUUUGGUUUGGAGGCAGAUAUUCCUUGGUGCUAGGAGAACUCUUGGCACCUUGUACUUUCUUGUUCCCCUGUCGUGAUGUGGAUUGGGUCUACAGGACCACCUUUCCUCCACCGGCUCACGUCUCUGCUCUGUUGGGGCUCGCUCUGUGUCUGUCUUGUUGAACCCCUGUGGCUUUCCUAGUUUGAGUAGUUCCUGGCAUUUCAGGUUGCGUUGUCUUUCUGAGGGCAUUCCUGGGAGUUUGGGUUUGCCCUUGACCUUCUGCACCUGUGUGGCCUGUGUCUCUGGCCACUCACACGGGUGGGGGCGGGGGCGGCUGCCCAGAGCCUUCUUGCGGGGGCAGGACCUCUUAGAUCCCUAGUAACCCAUCCUUGGGCUGGAGCCUGGCGCUCAAGGCAGUACCGGGGCCCUAGGCCCUCUGUCACAUGCCCUCAGGAAAUGGGAUCCUGAUGAAAGCGGAUGGAAGGGAAGGAGAAAUAGACAAAAUCAGACUCUGGUUGUAGAUGUCAGACCCCUCCUGACAAGUGAUCGAGCCUCUGGACGUGAGGUUGGCACAGCGAUGGAGUUGCUGGGGGCGCCCCCUGCCAGCAGGGCCCCAUGCUCCAUGGCGUUCCCAACCCUCGGCACUGUCUGCGCAGACCACACCCUUUCCCAGGCACUUCUGGGCUUUCAUGGAGACUGGUGGUCUCCCGACCACGUGGACUGGAAACUAGGGACUGCAGGAUAACCAUUCAGUCUUCACGUGCUUCAACGCUGAACAGUGAGUGGGUUACUUAGGAAACAGAAUGGUGUACUAAACCUGGUGAACGUGGACACGGCAUGGCUGAGCUGGUGCUCACGGCCUUCUCAUCAGCAUCAGGAGCCCUCCCUUCAGGGUGUCUGAAGAGAUAGCAAAAUGAACCCAAAACAAACAGAAGGAAGGAAAUAAUAACCAAAAUCCGUGAGGUAGAAAAGUGAUGAAACAAAACCUGGUUCUUUGAAAAGAUCAAGAAAGUACCCGGCAGGCAAAGCUCCACUGGGACAGACAGAAAAGGCUGAUCACACAGAGACAUGGGCCCGUCCCCGCAGAUCCCGGGGACCGCGAGGGUGCACGGCCAUGGGCACUAACACUGGUCACGUCCUCAUAGCUGGUCCCCGCAAACCACCAUGGGGAGCCUUUUAUGAGAACAUCCCCGUGACUGGAAGGGAAACGAGUUCACACUUGAACGUCCCCCAAAAAGGGACUCUCCAGUCCUAGGUGGGGAAUUUCAUUGGAGAAUUUUACCAAAUGUUUCAAGAAUUCAUACGAAUUCCCCAGUGUCUUCCAGGAAAUAGGAAGAGGAGGGACUGUUUUUCCAUUGAUCUUAUUAGGAAGCCAGUGUUACCCUGAUACCAAAAUCGGAGUCUGUACAAAAACAGGAAACUGCAAGGUGUAGCUACGCCCCUCACGAGGGCAGACGCAGACUGAGCAACACAGCAGCAUGGAGAGCCGCCCUCACUCGGAGAGUCGUGCACCACAGCCAUGGAGGGUUUAUUCCAGGGACGAGGCCGGUUCGCCGUUCCACAGCUGGGUGACGGUCUGCCACGUCACGGGGCCAGCAAGAGCAGUCGGCGCCCCGGCCAGCAGCGCAGGGAGGACUGCUCGUGGUAGGCAGCGUGGGCUCGUGCGCCGGGGCUGCAGGCGCGGAGCCGGUGAGGACAGCCAAGGCCGUGGCAGACGGAGAAGCAGAGCCGUCACGAGUGUGUGGGUUCCGCACGGCUCCUCCCGGGAAGCCCAGUGAGGCUUUCACAGACAAGGACGAGCUCAUGGUGACGUUUAUUUGGGAAGCCAGAGGACCUCGAGUGGCUGAAAGAUCUGUAACGGAACGGGUGUGGGAGGCGUCGCGCACACACACAGCCCCCCCCCCAGCUUUGGGCUUAAUGUUGUAGCUGCUGAAACCAGCACUGCCUGGUGUCGGAGCCGAAUAGAGCAGGGGACCCACAAGUGGACCCGCACACGCAAGGCCAGCGGAUUUUUGACAGGUGCAAAACCACCGCAGACGGUGCUGGAGCGAUGGGCUGUCACAGGCAGAAAAGUGACCUCACCCUCAUCCUCACGCCUCACACGCCGGGGGCUCCACACUGGUGCCGGACUGAAGCGUAAACACUAGACGCUUCAGUGCCUGGAGGAGGACAACAUGGAGGGGAAGGUCUCUGGAACCCAGGGCGUGGUUUCAUGUCACCACGAACCACAGUGGAGAUAACAGUGCGUUGUCCGUCAUCAUCACAAAGUUUGCUUCACUGAAGACUGAAGGCUGGAAAGACGAGCUACGGACGUAGAAAACACGUGUUUGAGCCCCGUGUUUGCUCUAGAACUGACACUGGGGGUACAUAAGCACAGCCACAGACAAAAAGCCGUCCGCUCACGAUGUGGGAGUGGCGUGUGGGGCACCCAGCACAGGGGCCACCUGGCCGGGGGCCACCAGGGGUGUGGCGUGGCCACAGUGGAAGCUGUGUGGGUGGCCCCAGGUGCUGGUGGGGGUGUGAGAUGGUGCGGGCGCUCCACCACAGAGCCGGGCGGUUUCCAACCAAAGUGAGUGUGCAGCGACCAGGUAUCCCAGAGUCGUGGCAAAACUUCGUUCGCGGUGUUCGUAGCAGCUUUGUAACUGCCCAAAACCAGAACCAGCCCUGAGGUCCUCCCGGGGGCCUGGGAUUGAACACACCGCGUUGCGUCUCGGCCACAAAAUGCUGCUCAGCAAUAAAAGGAGCAGGUCCUGCUUGAGAAGCACCAACGGCAGAGCUGAUACUCUUGAUUCCGCCUCUAGAACAUUCUUGGAAUGACGGUCCGGGGCGGGGGCGAGGUGGAAGCAGAUGAGCGUUGUGAUCUGGUGCUUACAUGCAUCUGUGCGUGUGCUCGCUGCAGGCGUGUGCGCACACACGCUGGUGUGCAUCCAUCUGUGUACGUGGUGGUCAUGCGUGCACACACACGCUGGUGUGCGUCCAUCUCGUACGUGGUUGCCGCGUGCACGCACACGCACACGCACACACACUGGUGUGCACACAUCUGUGUACGUGGUGGUCAUGCGUGCACACACACGCUGGUGUGCGUCCAUCUCGUACGUGGUUGCCGCGUGCACGCGCACGCACGCACACACACUGGUGUGCACACAUCUGUGUACGUGGUGGUCAUGCGUGCACACACACGCUGGUGUGCGUCCAUCUCGUACGUGGUUGCCGCGUGCACGCGCACGCACACGCACACACACUGGUGUGCACACAUCUGUGUACGUGGUGGUCAUGCGUGCACACACACGCUGGUGUGCGUCCAUCUCGUACGUGGUUGCCGCGUGCACGCGCACGCACACGCACACACACUGGUGUGCACACAUCUGUGUACGUGGUGGUCAUGCGUGCACACACACGCUGGUGUGCGUCCAUCUCGUACGUGGUUGCCGCGUGCACGCGCACGCACACGCACACACACUGGUGUGCACACAUCUGUGUACGUGGUGGUCAUGCGUGCACACACACGCUGGUGUGCGUCCAUCUCGUACGUGGUUGCCGCGUGCACGCGCACGCACACGCACACACACUGGUGUGCACACAUCUGUGUACGUGGUGGUCAUGCGUGCACACACACGCUGGUGUGCGUCCAUCUCGUACGUGGUUGCCGCGUGCACGCGCACGCACACGCACACGCUGGCGUGCACACAUCUGUGUACGUGGUGGUCAUGCGUGCACACUCACGCUGGUGUGCGUGUGCCGGCUGGCGCCGCCCAGCUGUGUGAGCUGGGACCCCGGGGCCUGCAGGUGGCUAUGCGUCUGUUUCAAAAUCAGCAGUUAAAGAAGCAGCUGUGCAUUCUGAGGGUGAGUGGGGAUGCAGUGCCUGUGCUUGUCCCCACGUGCGUACACACUGUCCCCCAGCCCCUGUGGACGUGAAGGCCUCGAGACGGCAGCCAUCACGUGUUUGGACACUCAACCCAUUGUGAACUGUCU